AUGAAUGUCAACUCAUCAUGUUGGGGUUUGUUUGUUGAUAUCAAUGACACUCUUUAUUGUUCCAUAUCUGAUCAUCAUCAUCAAGUAGUAAAAAGAUCAUUGAAUGAUUCUAUGAUGACUUCAAAUCGUGUUGCUGCUGGAACAGAUACUGAAGGAUCAGCCUCGAAUCAAUUCAGAGGUCCUCGUGGAAUCUUUGUCGAUGUGAAUUUGGAUUUAUAUGUGGCAGAUUGUUGGAAUAAUCGAGUUCAGUUGUUCCAACCGAGGAAAUCGAAUGGUAUCACAGUGGCCGGAAGUGGAUCACUAAAUCCAACAAUGUCACUUAUUUGUCCAACUGGCAUUGUCUUAGAUGCUGAGAAGUACUUAUUCAUUGUGGAUCGUAACAAUCAUCGCAUUGUUGGUUCUGACUUGGAUGGUUUUCGAUGUUUAGUUGGAUGUUAUGGAAAAGGAUCGCAAUCCAAUCAAUUGAAGCUUCCAUCUAGUGUUAGUUUCGAUCGUUCUGGAAACAUAUAUGUUGCUGAUUCAUUAAACACUCGCAUUCAAAAAUUUUUAUUUAUGAAAGAUUCUUCUGCUCUUUCAUUCAAUCAGCCAAAGUUCUGUCCAACAGCCACUUGGAAUUCCAAUGGAAUUACCAUUGCUAAUCAAUUGAUUGUUGGUGAAUAUCCAACCGCCUUUUUUGUGAACACGAACAACACAGUUUAUGUCGCUAAUCGAGAAAUUAGCACAAUUGUGAUAUGGCAAGAAGAGAGUGUUAAUCCAACAAAGAUCAUUCGCGGUAAUUUUACAGAACCCUGGUCUCUCUUCGUGACAUCAAAUGGUGAUAUUUAUAUUGAUGAUGGAUUUAAGAAUGGUCGAGUACAGAAAUGGAUAGCAGAAACAAAUAUCUUUGUCACGGUGAUGAAUGUUAGUUCACGUUGUGAUAGUUUAUUUGUUGAUAUCAAUGAUACUCUUUACUGUUCAACGUCUCUUCGUCAUCAAGUAGUGAAAAGAUCGUUGAAUGAUCCUGUGACGACUUCGAAUCGUGUUGUUGCUGGAACGAAUAGGCGAGGAUCAGGUUCGAAUCAACUUAAUAAUCCUGGUGGAAUCUUUGUCGAUGUGAACUUGGAUUUAUACGUAGCUGACUGUCUAAAUGAUCGCGUUCAGUUGUUCUCGCCGGGAGAAUCAGAUGGCAUCACCGUGGCCGGUAGUGGAUCACUAAAUCCAACAAUGUCACUUAUUUGUCCAACUGGCAUUGUCUUAGAUGCUGAGAAGUACUUAUUCAUUAUGGAUAGUAACAAUAGUCGUAUUGUUUGUUCAGGCUUACAUGGCUUUCGAUGUUUAGUUGGAUGUUAUGGAGUUGGUUCACAAUCUAAUCAAUUGAAUUAUCCAUCUAGUUUUAGCUUUGAUCGCUAUAGAAACAUAUUUGUUACUGAUAUAUCAAAUCAUCGAAUCCAAAAAUUUCAAUAUUUCGAAGAAUCAUGUGGUAAGUUUAGAAUGAUUGAAUAA